CUCUUGGCUGAGAGAAGCGCGCAGCAAAACAACGCGAGAUCUUCAGGCUAGAGUGAGAUCCAGCGAGAGGAACCGUGACACCGGCGAGCAAGAACCCGAUUCUGCCUUUGCGGAUCCGCUGGACAAAGCGAAAGGCUUUCAUGCUCUUGAGACGGCACAGAAACAUCACAGGUGAAUGAUACGUUCAUCUGCUGCCGUGAAAUGGCUUCAGAACGGCUUCACACAGGCUGUGAAUAAGAGACUGGAUGACGUCACCUCUGCCGCUGCUUUCUUUCAGUCCGUAAAUGUUUUAUCGUCCUGGUUCAGUGUAAAUGACCGGCUGCUCUAUUAAUUAUACAGUGUUGGGUGAAAGUCAAUUACCGUGGGUCCUACUGUAUUAGACUGAGCACUAUACUGAACACAAUAAGCUUGCUGUAGGUAUGACAUUAACAAGGGGCUCCUUCACUUAUUCCAGCGGAGAAGAAUAUACCGGAGAAUGGAAGGAAGGUCGGCGGCACGGUAAAGGCGAGCUGAAGUUUGCUGAUGGCACCUGUUAUAAAGGUCAUUUUGAGAAUGGCCUGUUUCACGGAUCAGGGGUGUUAGUCUUUCCCGAUGGAUCCAGGUACGAGGGUGAAUUCGCCCAGGGAAAAUUCCAAGGGGUCGGAAUCUUCAGCAGGUUUGACGGGAUGAAAUUUGAAGGAGAAUUCAAAAGUGGCCGUGUAGAAGGAUAUGGGCUGCUGACAUUUCCAGAUGGUUCCCACGGUGCUCCGCGAAAUGAGGGAGUGUUUGAGAACAACAAGCUUCAGAAACGUGAAAAGUGUCAGGCAGUGGUGCAGAGAGCCAAGAACUCAGCAUCCACUGCCCGCGGCCUCUCUGUAUGACAGACUGACCUCAGUGAGAGCGCCCCUAACUGUGGCUUUCAGAUCAGGCAGGGUCACAAGUUAAGAAGUCCAAGCAGACUGUGGAUCUGCGUUCAGGGUGAUCUCUGCCUUCGCCAAACAACGGAGCUCAAAAAUACGUGAGACCCAUCAGACCCUCAGGGAUGGAUCAAAGUGUCUCGAUUCCACACGCCUCUGUUUCUCUCACACUGCUGCUCUGCCUUGGUUUCCUCUGUGGCUUAAAAACAUCAUUCUGUAUGUUUGUUAUGGAGGCAUGGAUAAACUCAAGUCACCAUCGGAGGCAUUGCAGGUACAGAGGCCUGUCACGUGAAGAUUUUCUUGGUAAAUAUAUGAAAUUUGCCUUCGUGAGUUUGCGAUUGUAUCACUUGUGUUUGACUGUAUUGUUACUAUUGUAACUGUCUGUUUGUUUGAAUCAACAUAUUCUUUAUUGCACAUUUGCCUUAGUUAUUGCAUUAAAAGUCAAUAUUGCUGGAUUAAAAUCUUGUUACUGAUAUACAAUAGAGGUGAGGGAAUCUUCAUUUCUUACUAAUUUGUUAAUUUCAUUAAUUUACAAUGAGUACAUGUAAUUGACUAACACAUUAUGUGAUAUUAUGACUCUUUUUAGUUGUAUUUUUCUUGUACAUUACAGAAAACUUUUGAAAUUAUUUAAAAGUAUUUGGUCAUUGGGCAGAUAUACAUUCACUUCAGAUAUCUGAUGACUGAUUUAUGUGCGUUUACUUUAUUUUCAAACUGACUGCUAAUGGUUCACUAUUCCCAUCAUUCACAGUGUCAGACAGAAGCCUUAGUCACUAUCAUCUGAAAUCUACUGACACCAAAAAGCAUUUUGCACUGUUAUUUUUUGAGCAGAGAAUCAAAAGACUGACAUGAAAAAUAAAGUGAAAUAAAAGUCAGAAAAAACCACCUGA